UUUUAAAUAAUCCACAGUUUUUUGUACUUUUGUCGUAAUUAAUAGAUUUACAGAUAUAAUAAUAUUACAGUGCUUUAAGCUUUAAAAUAUACGUAAUAUUAUACGAAACUUCGAAGGACGACCAUUGGAUAGGGACAACAAACAAUAGUAAUUACUAUGUAUAAUAGCCACGUCCAAUGAUGAUAAUUUGAUUUUGUUGAUUUGGAGUACCUAUUGGACGACAGUUUUGCAUCACAAGACACGAAUCUUGCCGCAAGCAGCGAUGUCGUCGUUAUUUUAAUAAUGAUAAUAAAUACAGAUACGAGUUGUUAUGGCAUUUCGGCCUCAGAACCAGAUUUACUUGAACAUGUGUUCGCCGGCGUUCGGCUCGUGGUCGAACUUCGAAGUCGCAUGAGCGGACUCGGUGUUUGGACAAACGGUUGUCACGCUGAAAUUCAGUAGUUGUUGAUUGUGCUUGGAAAUCCACUGCAGCAGCCAAUGUAAAAGUGCGCAGAUGUUGAAGCACUUUACGGUGGCCACUGUUUCCAAUAAGACCGUAACCAAGGUUGUGGGACUAGUCGGCCUGAGCCUGGCGUCGAUGGUCAUCGACGAGGCGAUAGGACUGAUUAAACAGUAUGUUUGGCGUAACUACGUCACCGAACUUGAAGUUUCCAACACAGACAAGUCUUACAAUUGGCUACUGCAGUGGAUUUCCAAGCACAACCAACAACUACUGCACUUCAGCGUGACUACCGUUUGUCGAAACACCGAGUCUGCCCAUGCAACUUCGAAGUUCGACUACGAGCCGAACGCCGGCGAACACAUGUUCAAGUACAAAGGUCAUACGAUACGCGUAAAACGUGAUCGCAGCACGAUACUGUCCAGCGAGUACGGUUCUAGACCGUUCGAGACGCUUAACUUAUCUACUUGGGGUCGAAACAGACAAGUGAUGAAUGAAAUUCUGGAAGAGGCCAGGUUAUACGCCAUGUCCAUCAUGGAGUCAGGCACCACUCUGAUGGUGCCCUCGUACGACACGUGGCAUAACUUCGGCGAGCCCCGUGCGCCACGGUCAUUGUCGUCCGUUAUACUCGACGAGGGCGUGAUUGAAAACAUACUUAAGGACAUACACAACUUUGUGGACGACAAGUCUUGGUACCUAGAUAGGGGAAUACCGUACCGUAGGGGUUACCUGCUCUACGGGCCGCCGGGUUGUGGCAAAACAUCUUUGAUCAUGGCGCUGGCUGGCGAUAUCAAGUAUAACUUGUGCGUGUUAAGCCUGAACGACUCUAAAAUGUCCGACGAUCAACUCGUUCAAUUGAUGGGAGAAGUGCCGUCCAAGUCGUUCGUGCUCCUGGAAGACAUAGAUGCGAUGUUCGCCAAUAGAGACGGAAAAACCGUCAUAGAGGGCAGUACUAAAGUGACGUUGAGCGGUUUGCUAAAUGCUCUCGAUGGUGUCGUAUCAUCCGAAGGCCGAAUACUAUUUAUGACAACUAACUACGUCGAUAGGUUGGAUUCUGCUCUGAUUCGAUCUGGCCGAGUGGAUUUUAAACAAUACAUUGGGACAUGUUCAGAUCAUCAAUUAUCACAAAUGUUCAUUAGGUUUCGUCCAGAAGGUACAGAAGACGACAAGAAGAGAUUUGUGGAAGAUAUAAAAAAAUAUAACAAACCAGUCAUCCCUGCUCAUUUACAAGAAUUUUUUUUGGUACACCGUCAUAAAGAACUAAAUUAUGUGUUUGAACAUAUAAACGAUUUAUGGCAGAAUGUACAAGACAUUCAAUUAACAGAGUAACAACAAUAAUAUUCAUAGUAUUAAUUUAAAAAUAAUAAUAAUAAUAAUAAGUUAAUUUUUUAUGUACAGAAAAAUACCAAGUACAUAAAAAACCAAUGUUCAGUCCAAUAGAAAUUUUUGAGCACAAUAAAAGAAAGUGUCAUGAAUA